CACUGUUAUUUGGCAUAGAUCUGUUGUUUUGUUCCAGAAAUUUGGGUAUGAUGGGGAAAUGAGGCAACACUGAAACAGUAAGGUGAGGCUGCCUGCACAGAGCGUGCGGAAACACAGCCAGGGGGCUUCUUGCCUUUCAGCUCCCAGCCCCUGCUGAGGAUCAUAUCUAGUUAUGUAAAGAGAAAUUUCUUUAUUGUUUAACACUCAGCAAUCACAAACCAGAGCCUCUUUCCUUAUCAGUAAGGGUGGUAACUACUUUACCAAAUGCUAGUGGUUACCCCACUUGCGUUGGAGUAUAACUGGAGUUCGUGCUUGGGGCUGAUAGGAUUGUUCUUUGUUGAUACAUGCUCUGUUAGGUGACUAAAUACAGUAUAAAACCUAUUCCUGCAAGGCUUUUCUUGGGAAGCUGUAGCUUCAUGGGUGGCUGUAGGGAUAGCUGCUUGAUCUUCAUGGGAUGUUGGGUGUUAAUUUUAUCUGUGAUCUAAAUCUUGCCUGAAAACGAAGAUGAUCUUCAUCUGUUGCUUUUCCCUCAUCCUUUGUUGGUAGAUGUACCCGACAGAGAACUAAGCAACAGCACACUGCUGGGUUCUUGAGUGGUGGCUCUUGGUUUUUCUGAAGCAGCCAGGUGCUGUGGUGAUGGGCACUUCCAGAAUACCAGUAACUUCAUAAUUGCAUUCAUUAAAGAGGGAAGGGAGGGGGGGAAAAAAAAAAGCACAUGGGCAGAACUGUUCCUAAAUAAAGUGUUUGGAAGUUUUCAUCAGCCAAGUUUGGGUUCUCACUGUUUUCAGCUGGGAGUGGAGCACUGCAUUGUUCUGCUGCCUUGUCUCCACUCGGUGGUGUUUCUCCCUGUUUGGGCACUGCAGUUAAUAGGGGUGGGAGCAGAAGAAUGGCUUUCAAUGAUUUGACUGUUGUGGGAAUGAUGAACGAGGGGAAUUAAUUCCCAUCAUUUCAAGCUGUAUGUUUUCUGCUUUGUUCCGAGCUGAGCUGAUAGGUGGGUUCUGAGUACAAAGCAGCUUUCAAGAGGAGGAGGAGGAGGAACCUCUUGUUUUGGGUGCAGUUUUUUCAGUGCAGACACAACAUGGAGAUUUUUGGUGUUCUGGCAAGUUCCAUUAGCCCACAUACACCAGGGGAUUUUACAGCAGAGAGGGGAGUUGUGGAAAUGAAGCAUUGAGGACUGUUUAUUCACAGGGUGAUGAUUUCUAGAAGAAAUAGCCUUGGAUGGCAGACUUUCCCAUAAAGUCAGUUUCCUUUUACACGAGGAGAGGUCAUGCAAUAACUGAGAUGUCAGCUGGUUGAUGGCUUCGUGGUGCUUCAAUCUGAGCUCUCUUCUGCUUUUCUGUCAUCUCAGUUUGAGAGCUGUCAUCCUAUUUGAUUUGCGAGCCAGGCUCCCUUCUGCCCUCCUGCCACAGGUCUGUGGUGCCUGGAUUGAUUCCAGUGAAACUGGUAUUGCCCCACUCUAAUCUGUCACUGUUACAGAAAGCCAGGAGCAACAUAAAGCAUCUUGUAAAAGAUAACUGAUUCGUUGGGUGCAGAUAAGGAACCUGCAAACAAUAAAGUCUUUUUCCCGACCUCUGAGGCGUGCAGUUUGUUGAGCACAACACUGAGCACUCAGAGGAUGGAGGCUUUGGAGGCAGCCUGACACCAAAGUCUGGAAUGGCAAAAAUAAGGUGUAGGCAGCAGAAGUUGUAAGGGAGCAGCACAGGCAGGUCUGAAAUACUUGUACAGAACUGAUGGGUUCCCUCAGAACUGAUGUGUGUUUAGUUGUGCUGCCAGAGCACGGAGCAGGGUUUGGGUUUAUGAUGGUAGAAACCUGCUUCCUUAUAGCUCAGCUCUUUGGUCAGACGUGCUGGCUGUGAAGGACAUGCUCUUCCCGUGCCAUGCAGUCCAUGUGAGUGCCCUCGAGCAGGAAGCUCCAGCAGAAGGGUUGUGAUUGCCUUCAGUCAGUUCUGCAGUGCAGUGCCUUGGGUCUCACAGUGCUAUUUUAAUUAUGGGCCGAGCAGCCCACGCCUGGUAUCGCUGCAUCCAUCAGAAGAUGGGAUCUAUUGCUGCUGGAGGCCGAGGGCUGCCAUGUUCAGGUGGUGCCUUAAGCCACGUUCACUCCUGGUCCUCCUCAGGGGGGGCCAGGGGAAGCGGGUUGGUCUUGAGGAGCUGAUGGGAUGGAUGUGUCACUAAGGGAAAUGAUUAACAUAAAGCAAAGCAGGCUGGAAGAACCAGGGGAGAGGUAACGUGGGCUGGGAAUAUCUGACCUGAGAGCUCCUAAACAACAGAAUCUUCCUUGUUUUUAAAGGCGGUGUUUUAGACCAAAGGGGCUACUGCAACAAACCCGCAGUGCUUUGCAAUGCUUCAGAGUGGAAACAUUCCAGGGAGAGCUUCUAAUUUUCUCAACGCAUCCAAUUAAUGGGGGCAGGCACUGGCUGGCUGCUCAGGGUUGGUGCUGAGGGAUGGAUGUGCCAUAUUCAGAACAGAGUGAGGCGAUGGCAGCCCCGGCACAGAGCUGCACGAGUCCAUCUCCAGCAUGAGGAGCUCUGGGGCCGCACUGGGCAGUGCAAUCAGUCCCACCCUGAGCCCUGCAGGGACUGGGGUUGGUGCAAGGCAGUGUGCAAGCAGUGUUCUGUGGGCAGCUGUGCUCAUCCCGUGGGUUAAUUAUCCCUCAUUGCUGGGCUGGCUGAUGGGUGCUCAGAUCCAGUCGCUCUGUUUGUGGAACUAAAUGUGUUUGUAGGUUUACCAACGUGUUGUGCAGGUGAGGUGUUGUGAGGAUCUGCCCUCGGUGUGUGUGUAAAUGGUGCUGUCACCGCCCUGCUGGCUCCUGGGGAGAGGAAAAUGAAGGUAAAGCAAUGGGUGCUACAGGGCAGGGAGCUCUGAGGAGCUGCGGGUUGAUGCGAUGAGAUCAGGGAGCUGUGGGUUGGGGCAGCGCAUCCUUUUGAUGUCUGAAGGGUCGGGGUGAGCACUGCCCUGGGAUGGAGCCGCUAAUGAGCGGUGAGAUGGCACGGUCUGAGCGUGCCCUGUAUUUAGAGAGAGGCAGAGGAGCACAGCUGGGACUUUCCAUCCAUUCACCCAACGCUUGGAGAGGAAGAGGCUCCCCUCUGCCCUCCCCAUCUGCAUCCUCACUCCGGCUGCGGUGCUGUUUGGCAGAGCCAGCACAGCAUGCGGGACGUGGCCCCGACACGCAGCCCCGUUCAUCCCCCAGAGCACUCAGCACAGGUGAGGCUGCAGCGCGGUUUGCUGACUGCAUGGGCUGUUCCCAGCAUGCCUGACACCGGGAUGCAGCAGCUCGGCAUCUCCAUCAGCGUUAUCUCCAUGCAGAACUUCUUCCCUACAGCUAACAGAGGUGCUGGGCUGCUGAACUCGAUCAGCACGGCGCGGGGUGAACGGUCCUAUUGCCUAACAAAUGGGAUCUCUGCACAGCCGGGGCCUGGGACUGUUUAUAGAAGGACCCAGGGGAAUUAUCCCAAAAAUGAAAAAAAUUCAAAGCGAAGAAAACAGGAGUAUGGAAAGGGCUCAGGAGGGGCACAGAGAGGCAAUGAGAAGGCAGACGUGUUUCCAUCCCAAAGGGCAAAUAGUGUUAACUGGGGGCGGUCCAUUCUGAGCCAUGUUAAGCCCUCACCUCCCCCGUAAGAACUCAGCAGAGAGGUCUGUGAGGUUUGUCUGCACGGGGAAUGCAGGCAAGCAGAGGUGGGACCUGUAUCCCAAAGCCCUCGUGGUGCCGUUCGGGUGGUUUUGGAGAGCUGUGUUCUGGCACAGGAGCUCCUCCUGCCCACAGAUUUUGGGCUGGGGCCCAAAGCGGGCACAGAUGUGGGUGGCUGUGGUGAGGGCAGAACGGGUCAGACUCGUCUCCCAGCCUGUUGCUUCUUGCAGGGGCCGCGUGAGCGUGGCAGGAUGGGUGCUGGGAGCUGCAGCACCGCUGUUGUGCUGGGGGUUCCUGCAGCAAAGCCCGGCUCCCACUGCGCUGUGCUGGUUCUCAUCCUUGGUUCUGCAGCAGUGCUCAGCAGCAGCAUCACCAAACCAACUGGGGGAGGUCGGGCUCUGCUUUUGUCUGAGAGCAAAACCACGGGUACGAAGAGCCCUGCAACAGAGCCUGGUCCCGUGCACCUGUCCUUCUGAUGUGAUUCAUUCUAUGAUGGUUUAAGAGAACAAAGAGGUCAGCUGGGAAGGGUUGGUGGAUGCUUGGUUUUGCUUUUGGCCCUGGGUUGUUUUAGGCUGUAGGAAAUGGGGAAGAGCAGCACAACUCCACGCCAGCAUCAUCAUGCUCUGCCAAUUGGUUCCCAAGACGGUGGUGCUGCUUUGGUUGGCUUUGUCCAUAGGGCUCCUGCAGCCUCUCUAGCAUCUGAAAUUGCCCGUGUGAGUCCGUGAGUUGAGUUGUGCCCGCAGCCGCAGCAUCUCGGCUGCAAUUUUGGACUUUUACCCCCUAUGAAGGCGCUGUCCCUCUGCUGGGACGCAGCACUGGAACGCUCCCCACGCCGGGGCGAGGUCUCCCAUUCUCCCUCUGGGGCUCAGCUCUUUCCAUCCCCCCCAAACUGGUUUUUCGAGUCAUUUUUUUCAUGCAGCUCCAUCUCCGCGGGGAGGAGCCUCCCAGAGCCGCUCCUGGGCUCUGCCUCCUUCCCCUGAGUCCCCUCGUCCCAUCCCCGCAGCCUGCAGCAUCGCCGCCCCGACAGCUCCAGCAUCGUGGCCGCAGCCUCUCCAGCAUGUUCAAGGCGGUGGGCAAAGGCUCCCCGAGCAGAAAUGCCCCCAGCAGAGCUUCUCCAGCCAAACCCAGCAAGUCCUCAAGCAGUGAGCUGGCCGUGCUCAUUGCCCGCAUGCAGACAAAUGCUGACCAGGUGGAGAAGGACAUCCUAGAGACGCAGUCCCUGCUCACACAGGAUGUCAGCAAUGAGCAGAAGAACAAAGCCUUCGAGUUCCAGGCUGAGAAUGCCAGGAACCUCAAGGAGGCAGAGACGCUGCUGAAGGACCUCUUCUUGGACGUGGACCGUGCCAAGAGGCUGAAACACCCCCAGGCUACCGAGAUAGAAAAAGACAUCCAGCAGCUCCAUGAACGUGUGACACAGUUGUGUGCAGAGUAUCGGGACCUCUAUGAGAAACUGAACGUCCCCGAUAUCGGGCCCAGGGUGGACUGGACAAAGAUUCUGGACCAAAAGAUGAAACAAGUCAAUGCAGGACAGUACGGCCCCGGCAUGUCAGAGCUGGAGAAGCAAAUAGCUGAGCACAAUAUCCUCCAGAAGGAGAUUGAAGCCUAUGGCCUUCAGAUCAAGAACCUGCGCUGCAGGGAUGUGACAGAUCUGAAGAGCCAAUACAAGGACUUGCUGAAAGCUUCUAUCUGGCGAGGGCAGAGCCUGGGCAGCCUGUACCACCACCUGCAGGGCUGCACCAAGGAGCUGGGCUACCUGACGGAGCGGCAGACCCGCAUCCUGAAGCAGGACUGGAGUGACCAGAUGACAGACGUGCAGAGCAUGCGGCGGGAGUACGAGGACUUCAAGUCCAAAGAACUGCUCAGCCAGGAGGAGUUCGUCAACAACCUGCAGGACGAUGGGGACAGGAUGAUUGAGCUGAAGCAUCCCGCUGUCAAACCCAUCCAGGCUCACCAGGAGGCCCUGAAGAAUGAGUGGCAGAACUUCCUGAAUCUCUGCAUUUGCCAGGAAAGUCAACUGAAAAGCGUGGAGAACUACAAGAAGUUCCAGGACGAUGCUGAGACUGUGAGCCGCUCCCUGAAGAAGAUGAGCUCCGAUCUGGACACCAAAUACACCAAAUUCAACAAGGACAGCCCUGGCGUGGUGUCAGAUCUGCUGCUCCAUCUGGAGAAUGAUGAGAAGUCUGUGAAGCAGGCAGAGAAAAGCAUCGCUGACCUGAAAAAGAGGAGCAAGGAGAUCAGCCCUCUGAAACUGCGCAGGAUGCGUUCCUCCCAGCCCCUCACCUUGGACACCCUGUGUGACUGGGAUGCAGGAGAGGUGCAGCUGACCAGAGGUGACAAGUACACCCUGAAGGACAACAGCAACCCAGAGAUGUGGGUGGUGCAGAGCAGCACUGGUGUGGUCCAGGAGGCCCCUUCUGCUUGCUUCUCCAUCCUUCCACCAGACCCUGAGGCCGUGGACAAGGUCAAUAGGCUGGAAGGGGAGCUGAACGCGGUGAAGCAGAAGCGAGCAGCAGCUCAGAGCAUGCUGAGGCGCAGCCAUAAGGAGACGGUCCAGCCCAGCCAGCAGGUGCUGCCCAAGAGCACUCCUGUAGUCCAGGAUGACCCCCAAGCCGACCAGCUUCUGGGUAGCCUGGAUCGUGUUGGCAAGGACCUGGUCCAGGUAGAGAAGGAGGUCCUGAACCGAGUGAGGUCCCCAGUGAGCUACACUGACCCCACUGACGACCUGGCCAGGAGGAUCAAACAGCAGCAGGAAACAACAAAGAAACUUGAGAGCCUGGGGGCAGCCAAGGAUGCCUUGCAGAAGGAGUGUGAGACCUAUCUUUCCAAAAAGCCCACCAGCACUUCAGCUUCCCAGCUCCCCGUCACGCUGAAUGCCCUCAGGAGCAAAUACAGCGAUGUCAGCAUGCUCUCCAGCCUCUACAAUGAGAAGGCUAAGGCUGCCCUGAACCUGGAGACUCAGAUUGAGAACACAGACAAGGUUGUCAGCACGUUUGAGGCCAAGCUGGCUCAGGAUAGCAUCAUUCCUGCAUCUCCCAAUGCCCUGCAGGACCGAGCCAAUGACCUGCAAAAGAUGAAACGGGACCUGGUGGCCCAAGAGGACUGCGUGCUGAAGCUCAACCGUGGGCUGAAGGAUGCUGAGCACAGCUGCAGUGCUGUGCAGAACAACUUCCAGGAGUACUGCCCUGACCUGCCCCGGCAGAAGCGUGAGGUGCAGCUCCUCAAUGACCGCUACCACGCUGUUGCAGACCAGCUGGACCAGCGAGAGAAGACCCUCCGAAAUAUCAGCCUCACCUACCAGCAGUUCCAGAACUCCAAUGAGAACCUGAUGUUCUGGAUGAACAACCUACCCAAGCACCAGGUGAAGACCACAGAUGGGCCAAGCCAGAUCAAUUACAAGCUGCAGGCACAGAAGAGACUGCUGGAGGAGAUUGAAAGCAAGGAGCCUGAGAAGAACGCCGUGGUCAGACUGUCCCGGAAUGUGCAGUCCACUCUCAAUGACUAUGAGCUCCAGGCAGGCAAAUACAGCUCUUCUCUGGACCCUGCUCUGACAGACUUUGCUGCCAAAAGGCUGCGGGUGACCCCUCUACAAGAAAGCAUCCAGGCCCAGGAAAAUGAUGUAUCCAAGCACUACAUGGAGCUGGCGGCAGAAAAUAGACAGCAGCUCAGCCGGCUGGAGUUUGCCAAGAAGAUUGUUGAGAAGAAAGAAGUGCAUGAGGACAUUCAAAGUGUGCAUGAGCAGACCCAGCAAUCUGCAAACAAAGCUGUGUCGAGCAGGGAAUCUGAAGGGCUGAAAUUGCAGCUGGAGGAGGAGAGGAGGAACGUGGCCAGGAUUGAAGAGGAGCUGGAGGAGCACAGGAACAAGCUGCUCAUGCUGAAGACUCAGAGGCCCGUUGAAAGAGUGGAAGAAAAAGAGGUGGUGGAAUAUUACAGAGACCCACAGCUGGAGAGCAACCUGACCAAGAUGAUGCGGCAGAUCGAAGAGGAAGGCAAAAAGAGGCAGAGCCUGCAAGAAGACAUCGAACUGAUGAGCAGGAAGCUUGCCCAGAUGGAGAGUGAGAAGAAGGCUGUGCCUGCCCAGCUUCUCACCAAAGAGAUAACAAAAAUUGAGAAAGAUCCCAGCCUGGAUAGCCAGGCAGCCAGCCUUCGGCAGGAGAUCAGGCGUCUCCAGGAGGAAAGCUUGGCCGCUGCUUCCGAACUGGAGCAGUGUAAGAGAGAGCUGCACAUGCUAGAGAGAAAGCAGCCCAACAUCCGAGAGAAAGUGGUGGUGAAGGAGCUGAUCAAAACAGAGAAAAACCCAGAGAUGCUGAAGUCUGUGAGGAACCUGCAGCUACAGAUUGAUGAGGAGUCCUUCAAAAGGAAGUCUGCAGAGGAAGCGAUUGUGAAGGUAAAGAGCAAGAUCGAGGAGGUGGAAAAACUAAUUGAUGCUGCAGAACCCAAAAUUAUUGUGAAGGAGGUGAAGCAGGUAGAGCAGGAUCCGGAGUUAUUGAAAGAGUCUUCCAAGCUUAAAACUCUGAUUGAAGAAGAGAGGAGCAAGAACUUGGCGCUCGCGGGUGAGCUGGGAGAGCUGCAAAGCCAGUGCAGCAUUGCAGAGAAGCAAAAACCAAGGGUGGAAGUUAAAGAGAGGGUCAAUGAGAUUUUCAUGGUGGAUCCCGAAACAGAGAAGGAAAUUGCACACCUGAAAAGAGAGCUGCAGGAAGUUACUCUGAAAAGGACAAAGAUCGACAGCGAGGUGGAAGAGGCCUUGGCAGAACUCAGUGUCCUCAGGUCACAGAAACCAGAGGUGGAGCUUAAAGAGGUUAUAGAGGAGGUGGUGAAGCACGAGAAGAGUCCUGAAAUUCUUAGAGAAAUCGACAGGCUGAAACAGCAGCUGAAUGAACUAGUGAACACCAAUGGCAGGACCCAAGAGCAGCUCAUCAGGCUGCAGGGUGAGAGGGAUGAAUGGAAGAGGGAGAGAUCCAAGGUGGAAACGAAGCUGGUCAACAAGGAAGUCAUCCGGUAUGAGAAUGAUCCACUGUUGGAAAAGGAAGCUGACCGCCUCCGUCAAGAAGUGCGCAGCAUGGCUCAGAAGAGGAGAGCUGCAGAGGAUGCUAUUUAUGACCUGCAGAAUAAAUACAUGCUUCUGGAGAGGAGAAAGCCAGAGGAAAAGGUCAUCGUCCAAGAGGUGAUUCUGACUCAAAAGGAUCCCAAGCUCCGAGAUGAACACAACAGGCUGAGCCGGAGUCUGGAUGAGGAGGUGAGCAACAGGCGGCGUCUGGAACGCGACGUGCAACAGCUUCGUGUGCUGGUGGAAGAGCAAGAGAAGCUCCUCAACUUCCAGGAAGAUCGAAGUAAGAGGCUUGCACUGGAGAAAGAGAUGAGGCAAAUUACCUUGAGAAUAAAGGAGCUGGAGGAGAGCCCAGCCCCAGUGCAAGAGAAGAUCAUUAUGGAAGAAGUGGUGAAGUUGGAGAAGGAUCCGGUCCUUGAGCAGUCUGCCAGCAACCUGCGCCUGGAGCUGGACCGGGAGAAGAUGGAGGUGCUGAACUUGCAGAGAGAGUGCAAGAACCUGCAGAUGCAAGUUGAUGUCCUCCAGAAAGCAAAGUCCCAGGAGAAGACCAUCUACAAGGAGGUGAUUCGGGUGGAAAAGGACAGAGCGCUGGAGAGCGAACGUGCCCGCAUCUGGGAACAGCUGAGCAGGGAGAGAGGGGCCAAGCAAAAGGCAGAAGAGGAGGUACGGAGGCUCAGGGAAAAGAUCGAGAGAGCUGAAGGCAUGAAGAGGACGUGGGCUCGGGAGGAGACAGAGCUACAGAAAGCCAGGAACCUGGCAAUCCAGGAGAGAGCCAGCCUGGAGAGCGAGCUGCGGGAGCUGGAGAGGCAGAAACAGCAGAAAGUUCUUUUCCUUCGGGAAGAGUCCAAACUGCUCAACCAGCGGACUGAGAGUGACCGGCAGAAGAAGAAGCAGCUGGAACAGGAGUUUUCCAUGCUGGAGGCAGAUAUCCUGAGGGAGAAGGACCAGAUCUACAAUAAGGAGAGGUUCAUUCGAGAUCUCCGGUCAAGAGUCAGCAGGGAGGAAAUAAAUCACGAGACCCAGAUGAGAGAGACCAACCUCUCCACCAAGAUCUCAAUACUGGACCCUGAGACGGGGAAGGAUAUGUCCCCUUACGAGGCCUAUAAGAGAGGCAUCAUAGACAGAGGCCAGUACAUCCAACUGCAAGAGCUGGAGUGCGACUGGGAGGAGAUCACCACCCUGGGCCCAAACGGAGAAGUCUCGGUUCUCCUGGACAAGAAAAGUGGGAAGCAGUACUCCAUCGAUGAUGCACUACGGCUGAGAAGGAUCACGAAGGAGGAGUAUCAGCUGUACCGGGAUGGCAAGAUUCCCAUCUCUGAAUUUGCCUUGCUGGUGGCUGGGGAAUCUAAGCCUCCUUCAUCCCUUUCUAUUGGUUCCAUCAUCUCCAAAUCCCCAAUCCAAUCCCCCACUACCCCGCAAACCCAAAGCUUUUUCCCCCCAGGCUCACAGAAGGGCUUCAGUGAUGACACGUCCCCCAUUGCCGGGGUGUACGAUACCACCACUGACACCAAGUACAACAUCAAGACUGCUGUUACAAAGAAGCUGCUUGAUCCCAUGACAGCUCAGAAGCUCCUGGAAGCCCAGGCUGCCACGGGAGGCAUCAUAGACCUCCUUUCUCGGGACCGGUUGUCGGUCCAUAAGGCAAUUGAGCGGGGGCUGAUUGACAGGACCUACAUGCAGAGACUGCUCAACGCCCAGAAAGCUUUCACGGGGAUUGAGGACCCAGUGACCAAGAGAAGGCUGUCUGUGGGGGAAGCAGUUCAGAAGGGAUGGAUGACUAAGGACAGUGCCUUCCCCUAUUUGGAGGUCCAGCAUCUAACUGGAGGGCUCAUUGACCCCAAGAAAACCGGUCGCAUCCCCGUGCUGGAAGCUGCCCAUAUGGGCAUGAUAACGGGUGACCUGGCCAACAGGCUCCAGGAUGAGUCCAGCUAUGAGAAAGACCUCAUCGACCCCAUCACUAAGGAGAAGAUAAAUUACAAGGAGGCCAUGGCUCUCUGCCAGAAGGAUUCUCUGGGCAGCCUGCUGCUGCUCCCAGCUGCAUCAGAGGGCUACCAGCCCUACCGCUCCCCCAAGCUCUCACGGUUCAGGCAUUGAACGGAUCGGUCCUUUCAGGAGUUCAUCCCUUCAAAGCAUCUCUCCCUGCGGAAGCAGCAGCGAUCACGGGAAUGGAGCAUCUAGCAUUUAGAGCUGCAUACUCUUCUGUCUUAGCUAUCCCUGCUUCCCAACACAGCUUGGCCGUGUGAGGAAGAAAGCGUGAUCAAACACGUGCAAGGACCUGGGCACGCAGGUCCCGCUGUCCCCCAGGUUGCUGUGACAGCAGAAGGGGUUUGCUUGCAAGAACUCUGAUGGCAAUAGAUUAAACAUGGCUGUAGACAGAAAGGGGGAGAGGCAGAGUGUUUUCAAGUUGGGUCAUUCUUCUGCAUGCAAUAAACGUAGAAAGUGCGUCUCUGUGGCUGUGUUCUUUUUGCAAC